AUGUGUUGCAAAAAUGGUCGUACUAUCCUUCCUCCGAUACAAUCUCCUCUAGAAAUGUUCGAGCUAUUCUCUGCUAAUACUCCACAAGGGUCACAUUUUAGGCAAAAUGUGAGGGCCUAUAACCAUGUAUUUGCAUUCACGUCCAUGGGUGUACACGUCGAUCAAAAUCUAGCGACAGGUGGUGGGACUUUCACAUUUCGUGCUCAAGGAUCUGUUUAUCAUAAGAUAGGAAGUCUUAUACCAGAUGGGGAUAAUCGACCGAGAUUUCUACAAUUGUACAUAUACGACACAUACCACGAAGUGGACAAUCGUAUGCUAGAAAAUGAAGCAUUGCAUAGAGAUGUGGUUGAGAGGAUACAACAAAUGUUGCACGCCCAUAAUCCAUUUGUGCAAACAUUUCAUCACUUGGCUCAACGUCAAGAUUUGCAAAAUUGCAGACUUAUUAUCAGAGAGCAAGCUGCAAACCAACGCCAGUAUACAUUGCCUUCGGCUUCCCAAGUUGCUGCAAUAAUUGUGGGAGAGGAUGAAAAUGAAACUCUUAGGGGUCGCAAUAUCAUGGUGAAAACAAGACAAGGUCAACUACUAAAUAUCUCAGAUUGUGCUGGUUACUAUGAUCCCUUACAAUAUCCAUUACUACUUCCAUAUGGUACAUACGGAUGGGACGUGAAUAGUCGAAAUAAUAAUGGCCGGAAACUGACAUGUCGUGACUUUUACGCCUACAUUUUACAGAUACGUCAACAUGAUGAAUCAGUUUUACUACGAGGUGGUCGUCUGUUACAACAAUACGUUGUUGACAAUUAUAUCAAGAUUGAAACUCAUAAAUUAAGAUGGAUCCGUUCCAAUCAGACUAAAUUACGACGAGAGUUGUAUAAUGGACUACAAGACUCGCUGAACGCUGGAGAAAAUAAUGCAGGUAACAUUGGUCGUACGACCGUCUUGCCAUCAUCGUUUAUUGGAAGCCCACGUGAUAUGAACCAGAGAUAUCAAGAUGCAAUGGCUUUGGUUCAAAAAUAUGGUAAACCAGACAUAUUUCUCACAAUGACAUGCAAUCCAAAUUGGGAAGAAAUAAGAGCUGAGUUAUUACCGGGUCAAAUAUCACAAGAUCGUCCAGAUUUGACCACACGAGUAUUUCGUGCCAAAUUUGAAGAGUUAAAGAAUGAUGUAAUCAAGAGAGCAGUCUUGGGUACGGUGGUUGCAUAUGUAUAUGUCAUCGAAUUCCAGAAACGUGGUCUCCCACAUGUUCAUAUGCUUCUUAUGCUAAGUGAAGAUGAUAAGUUGAACAACCCUGAUGAUUAUAACCGUGUUGUCCGUGCUGAAGUACCAAAUCAAGACGAUGAGCCAGAGUUGUAUACUGCAGUGUUGGGACACAUGAUACAUGGUCCAUGUGGACCACUAAAUCGCAGGUCCCCCUGUAUGAAGCGUGGGACUUGCAAACGGGGUUAUCCGAAGCCUUUUUCAGACUGCACCGUUCAAGGCAAUGAUUCUUACCCUGUGUAUCGUAGGCGAGACAAUCAACUUCACAUGCGGUAUGAUCUUAAUGAGAAUCCAACAGUGGAUAACAGGUGGGUUAUUCCAUACAACCCUUGGCUACUAAAAAAAUAUGAUUGCCAUAUCAAUGUUGAAGUUUGUUGUAGUAUUAAGAGUGUCAAGUAUUUGUACAAAUAUGUCUAUAAGGGACCAGACAGAGUGACAUUCCAAGUCCGACCAGAGGACAGUCAAGAUGAAAUAAGAAAUUUUGUUGAUGCAAGAUGGGUUUGUGCACCAGAAGCUUUAUGGAGGAUAUUCAAGUUUUUGAUGAAUCGAAUAUAUCCAUCGGUGCAAAGACUGCAAAUUCAUCUUCCAGAUGGACAUAGUGUUGUCUUUGAUCCCAAUGAGACAAUAACAUACAUUCUGGAAAAUGCCAGAAAAUCAAUGACAAUGCUUACCGAAUUCUUUACAAAAAAUCUAUACUAUGAAGCAGCGCGUCAGUACUUAUACCGAGAGUUUCCAGAACGGUUCACGUGGGAUGGAGGAAACAAGGCAUGGGAAGCAAGGGGGACAAACCAAAAAGUAAUUGGAAGAAUAUAUACAGUGUCGCCUACAGAGGGAGAGAAGUUCUACUUGCGUGUGCUUCUUAAUCAUGUUAGAGGAUCAAUAUCAUUUGAGGAUUUGAGGACAGUCGAUGGCAUCUUGCAACCAACGUUUAAGAAGGCAGCUGAACGACGGGGUUUGUUGGAAGAUGAUGAUAGUAUUAGACAAUGUUUACGUGAGGCCUCUAACAUACGUAUGCCUUCAUCUUUAAGAAGGUUGUUUGUCACCAUCUUAGUAUUUUGCGACCCGCAUGGGAUACGAAUAUAUAGUAAGUCUGUUUCUAACUAUGAUUUGCCAGAAGUGACGGAAGAUAGGGAGGAAGAGUUAGCACUGCCAGGGAUGAUAGAAGAUGAGAUGUCAGUUAUUAUACCACAAGAAGAUCAUGAUGCGGUUCAUCAAUUAAAUGAGGAUCAAGCUCUUGCAUUUAACUCGAUAAAAACUGUUAUCGAGGGUUGUGAAAAUGCAAUAUUUUUUGUCGAUGGUCCAGGAGGAACUGGAAAAACAUACUUAUAUCGUGCAUUGUUAGCAAGCUUGAGAAGUAAUCAUCAUAUUGUGUUGGCAACUGCAACUUCAGGAAUUGCAGCAACGAUACUACCUGGUGGGAGGACGGCACACUCUCGGUUUAAUAUCCCUCUAAAACUUUAUGCUGAUUCUAGAUGCAACAUUUGUAAACAGUCUGAUUUAGCAAAGUUGAUAAGAAGAUCAUCGGCAGUUAUUUUGGAUGAAGCACCAAUGUUGAACCGGUUUGCAUUUGAAGCUCUAGACAAGACUUUUAAGGACAUUACAGACUUAGAUUUGUCAUUCGGAGGAAAGGUUAUGAUUUUUGGUGGAGAUUUUCGACAAGUUCUUCCUGUUGUCCCUAAGGGUACUAGGUGUCAGUUGGUGGAAGCAAGUUUAGUUAAAGCUUCAUUUUGGAAGGAUGUUAAGAUUCUUCGUCUGAGACAUAAUAUGAGAUCCAUCAAUGAUCCUGAGUUCUCAGAUUUUUUACUUCAAGUGGGCAAUGGAGAAACACAAACUAUGCUUGAAGACAUGAUACAAUUGCCUGCACCAAUGGUCAUACCAUGGGAGGGUGAAGAGUCAAUCAACCAAUUGAUUAAUGAAGUAUUUCCUGAUUUGGAUAGCCAUGUAAAUGACCCUUCUUAUAUGGUUGAAAGGGCAAUAAUAACUCCAAAGAAUGAUGAUGUGGAUGUACUCAACGAAAUGAUCAUACAACGGGUUUCAGGACCACAACGCACCUUAUACUCUUUUGACUCGGUGGAGGAUGACACAAGAAAUCUGUACCAACAGGAAUUCUUAAAUUCAAUUUCACCUUCUGGUAUGCCACCGCAUCAAUUGACUAUUAAAAAAGGUGCUCCACUUAUGCUUUUAAGAAAUAUUGACCCAAACAUGGGGUUGUGCAAUGGUACGAGAUUAACUUGCCGUGGAUUAUAUAAUAACCUCAUCGAUGUAGAAAUUAUCGCUGGUCAAUUUGCGGGUACAAGAGUUUUCUUACCGAGAAUUGCUCUAAAGAGUAGAGAAGAUUCUGGACUCCCUUUUGUGUUGAUAAGGAAACAAUUUCCUGUAAAGUUGAGUUUCGCCCUCACCAUUAACAAAUCACAAGGCCAAACAAUACCGAAUGUGGGUAUUUAUCUUCCAUACCAUGUAUUCAGUCAUGGACAGUUAUACGUGGCUUUAUCAAGAGGAGUAUCAAAGGCUACAACCAAAAUUUUGGUUAGAAAAGGCUCAUUAGAAGGCGAGGAAGGGGUUCUUUAUCAAGAGGAGUAUCAAAGGCUACAACCAAAAUUUUGGUUAGAAAAGGCUCAUUAG